AUGAAACGACAGAGUAGCAACCUCCUCGACACACUGGAAAGCAGAGGACUCAUCAACCAGAUCGCCGGCGACCGCAAUGCUCUCCAUAGUCUUCUGCAGAGCAAGAAGCUCAGCUUCUACGCUGGCAUUGAUCCCACAGCUCCGUCCCUCCACCUAGGUCACCUUCUCCCACUCAUGGUCCUCUUCUGGACCGCAAUACAUGGCCACAACGCAGUAUCGCUGGUCGGUGGCGCAACCGCAAGGGUAGGCGACCCUAGCGGUCGGCUUACAUCGCGCGCGGAUACUGCUGGUGAGGUACAGAGAACGAACUUCAAGAGCAUGUUCAGCCAAGUGGGGAGUCUAUGGAAAACGGCCUUGCUUUACGCGGAAAGAAGUGGUAAUGAGAAGGAGAAGAUGGGCCAGCAGACUUUGCUAGACAAUGCGCAAUGGCUGGACGGACUGACUGUCCUGGACUUCUUGAAGAUGCUGGGAAGUGGGAUGAGGUUGGGUACAAUGCUCGGACGGGAUACGGUCAAGAACAAAAUGGAAAAAGGCGACGGCAUGUCUUUCGCCGAGUUCACCUAUCCACUUCUUCAAGGCUGGGACUGGUGGCAUAUGUACUCCAAGAUGGGCGUGCAGAUCCAGGUCGGGGGUAGUGACCAGUAUGGGAACAUAAUUGCUGGGAUGGAUGCAGUCAAGCACAUUGCUCAGGCUUCAGCUCCUGACGGCGAACAGCCGCAAUGGUUAGAUACAGAGGGCAGGAUGCGAAGUGAAGACGCGCCAAUGGGCCUUACUGUCCCACUUCUGACCACAUCGGCUGGCGAGAAGUUCGGAAAGAGUGCUGGAAAUGCGGUUUGGCUGGACGGAAGCAUGACCUCGCCAUUCGAUUUAUACGGGUUCCUUCUUCGCUCCGCGGACGCUGACGUGGAGCGGUACUUGAAACUCUUCACGUUCGUCCCAUUAAUAACAAUAGCGGAAGUGAUGAGAGCACACUCGACAGACCCAGGAAAGCGGAAAGCGCAGCACCUACUUGCUCGCGAAGUCCUGGCUCUCGUGCACGGCAACGAAGUCGCCAUGAAGACCCAGCAAGAACACCACGCCAUGCGAAAUCCUACCCUUGCAAGCUCUGGGCCCUAUUCUGGUACAGAAAGUGGCAGCGUUGUAAUUCCCACUUCUGAAGUCAUCGGUCAGUCUUGGGCGAGGGUACUAGCAACGGCUGGUCUUGCAGCCUCGCGUUCGGAAGGCACCAGGAUGCUGAAGAGCGGUGCUGUGUACACUGCAUCAAAUAGCGGCAAAGGAGCAACUUUGCAGUUCAAUGCCGUCAACGACCCGAGAGUUGUCGUGGGCCGCGGAGAUUUGGUCGAUGGAAAGCUGUUGCUUAGGAUCGGGAAGUGGAAGGUUAGGGUGGUCGAGGUUGUUGAUGAUAAAAUUCGAUAA